UCUGCCUCAGAGAGAAGCAAGGUGGCCCGGCGUAUUCAGUACAAGCCCGCUCGCAUUCACAACACUCGAGCUCGUAUCAAGAAAAGGAUGUUAGCGGCAGAACAGGAAAACGCUCAGCUCAGAGAGGAACUGGUUAACCUCAAGGGGGAGAUGGAAAGAAUGGCACUUAUGAUGGAAACUAUGAUGGCUGAGAGAGAGCAAGCAGCAAUCUCCAAUUCAACUCCUGUUGUGGUCGUCACAGCUGCACCUGAGGGUCCCCCGCAACCAUCUCCGACUACUACUACAACUAUCGGCCUCACCCAGCCUCUGAUGACUGAUUUUUCUUCUGGUAAUAUGGCAACUAUGGGCAACUCAGGCUUCCGUCCUCUUGGCCCCCAGGGUCCCUUUGCUACUCCUCAAUAUUCCAUGCCUUCAGGCUACCCUUGGGGCAUGCCGAUUGCAACUAACGGGGUUUUUGGUCCAGGCGCUACUGAAAUGCCUUUCCCACAGGGUCAACAGACUUCGGCACAUUUCCAGAUGAGUCAACCGAUUCCUCAAGCUACCAUGACUCAAGCAGGUCCUACUGUGCAUGUUGGGCCACAACAUGAAGAGCAGAUUUAUCACUCUGACAGUAUAAUGGGGGAUGAUAAAGCAAUCGAUUGGGAAGAAAGGUUCGGUGCUCUAGAGAAGAAGAUGAGUAAUAUGCGGGGAAAGGAAACAGUCGUCCAAAGCAUAUAUGACCUCUGCUUGGUACCAGAUGUAAACAUACCUCCAAAGUUCAAGAUGCCUGUAUUUGAGAAGUAUCAAGGGGACACAUGUCCACAAAAUCAUCUAACUAUGUAUAUUAGCAAGAUGAUAGCUUACAAGAAUAAUGUUCCCUUACUCAUUCACUGCUUCCAGGAUAGUUUGACUGGUCCGGCACAUACCUGGUUCAUGGGGUUGAAAGGAGUCACUACUUUUGAACAGUUGGCUGAGGCCUUCAUGCAACAGUACAAAUAUAAUACCUAUCUGGCGCCAAGUCGCAAAGAGUUGCAGUCCUUAACCCAGAAAGAUAAAGAAUCGUUCAAAGAAUACGCACAACGGUUCAUUCAAAAAGCUGCUCAGAUUCGUCCUCCCUUGGAUGAGAGGGAACUUUCAGAAUUGUUCUAUGAAACCCUGAGCCCUUGUUAUUCAGAAAAGAUGAUUGUCUGUGCAUCACAGAAGUUCACUGACUUGGUGGAAACAGGAAUGCGUAUCGAGGAGUGGGCUCGUAAGGGAGCAGCUGUUUCGGGAAGUUCUUCAGGUGGUUCUUCAGGGGUUUCGUCCAAUGGUAAUAAGAAAUUUGGGAAUGGUUACCCAAAGAGGAAUGCUCAAGAGGUUGGCAUGGUGGCUCAUGGAGGACCUCAGCCCGUGUACCCUAAUCACCCCUUUGUUGCCAACAUCACCCCACAAAUGACCGCACCCCAGAACCCAAACUAUCAAUCACCCAGACCUCAAGGACCUGCACCAUACUAUCCCCCACUAUAUCAACAACCAUAUAACCCACAACAACUCUCUCAACCACCCUACUAUCCUCAACAACCAUACCAACAAAGGCCAUAUAACCCCCCACAACAACAACCCCGUCCUCAAGCUCCCUACAACCAGCAAAAUCAAAAACAACAAUUUGACCCCUUGCCAAUGACCUAUGGAGCAUUGCUCCCUUCUUUACUUGCACAGAAUCUGGUCCAAACAAUACCACCUCCUCGCAUUCCGGACCCUCUCCCACGCUGGUACCGUCCGGACCUUCAUUGUAUUUACCAUCAAGGGGCACCAGGCCACGAUGUGGAGCGUUGUUUUGCUCUUAAGAAAGAGGUUCAGAAACUGAUAAAUAGUAAAGAGUUAACCUUCACCGAUUCUGAUGUUGUAGCUCAGAACAAUCCUCUGCCUACUCAUGGGCCUGCUGUUAAUAUGAUUCAAGACGAUCAGGAAGAGGCUUGCAUUCUCUCUGUAGGUGAUAUCAAGACUCCUCUGGUACCGAUACAUGUGAAACUGUGUAAAGCAACUCUCUUCAACCACAAUCAUGGAGCUUGUGACAUAUGUUUGAUGGAUCCUCGUGGAUGUAUACAAGUCCAGAAUGAUAUGCAGGGUCUCCUAAAUAGAAGGGAACUUGUGGUUACAAGGGAACCCGAGAGCAAGGACGUCUGUGUUGUCACUCCGGUAUUCAGAGCCAGGAGGCCGCUGGUGAUAAACCCUAACAGUACAAAGCCCGUUGGUACUCCCUUGGUAAUCUGCGUGCCUAGGCCCACGCCUACUACGGCUCAGAAAGCUGUACCCUAUAAGUACGAAGGCACGAUUCUUGAGCCCGGAAGUGAGACAACUUCACCUGUUGCUGUGGAUAAUAUCGCAGAGAAUAGCCGGAUUUUGAGGAGUGGCCGCAUCUUUCCUACGGUGGGUCCGAAGAGUGUUAGUGUUCCGGUCGAUGAGCCAGUAAAAGAGCGAAACGCCGGUAAAGGUAAAGCUGAGGAGCAGGCCAAAGAGUUUGACUUUGAGGAUGCCGAUGAAGUCUUGAAGCUGAUCAAGAAGAGUGAAUACAGGGUGGUGGACCAGCUGUUACAAACUCCUGCGAAGAUUUCCAUCAUGGCCCUGUUAUCAAGUUCUGGCGCUCAUCGGGAUGCCCUGAGGAAAGUACUAGACCAGGCAUUUGUGGAUUAUGAUGUAACUCUGGGUCAAUUCGAAAGCAUUGUGGGGAAUGUGACCGCGUGUAACAGUCUGACUUUCAGUGAUGAAGAUCUCCCGGCGGAGGGGAAUAAGCAUAAUCAAGCUUUAUUCAUCUCUGUACUUUGCAGAACGGACUCGUUAUCCAACGUCCUGAUAGAUACCGGCUCUGCACUUAAUGUGAUGCCCAAGUCAACUUUCGACCAAUUGGCGUACUCCGAGGCUCCUUUGAGACUUAGCAAGGUGACAGUAAGGGCCUUCGAUGGAACUAGGAGAUCGGUGUAUGGUGAGGUAGAUUUGCCAAUUUCGGUCGGCCCACAUGAAUUUCAGGUUACUUUCCAAGUCAUGGAAAUCCAGGCUUCUUUCAGCUGUUUGCUCGGCAGACCUUGGAUUCAUGACGCUGGGGCUGUGACAUCUACUCUCCAUCAGAAAUUGAAGUUUGUAAGUCGUGGAAAGUUGAUCACUGUGAGUGGCGAAUCGGCCUUUUUAAUCAGCAAUUUGUCUGCUUUCUCUGUUAUCGGUGGUAGUGGUUCAGACGGGCCAUCAUUCCAAGGAUUCUCUGCCGAAGAAAGUGUCGGUAAGAUUGAGACUUGUAUGGCUUCAUUGAAGGAUGCCCGGAGAGUAAUUCAGGAAGGCAAAACCGAAGGCUGGGGUCAGCUAGUGGAGUUGCCAGAAAACAAGCGUAAGGAGGGAAUUGGUUUCCUUAACAGUAAGCCUGGGAUGUUCGACCCUACCAGAGGUUCUUUCCACAGUGCUGGUUUCAUUCAUGAUUCGCCAGAAACCAAUGCAAUUUUAGAUGAUGCACCUGGAGGAGUGACACCGGUCUUUGUGACGCCUGGAGGAGCUUGCUGCAACUGGAUUGCUGUUGACAUUCCUUCUGUGACACCCCGCUCUAAACUGAACAUAAGUGAAUCCGUUGAACACAGUGACCCCAUGCUUUCUCCCAACUUUGAGGUCCCGGUUUACGAGGCUGUGGCAGAGGAGGAUGAGGAGAUCCCGAAUGAGAUCAAAUGGAUGUUGGAACAAGAAAGGAAGACAAUUCAACCUCAUCAGGAGGAGAUAGAAAUCAUCAAUCUGGGCACUGAGGAAGACAAGAAAGAAAUCAAGAUUGGGGCAUCGUUGGAUGUAUCUGUCAAGAAAAGAGUAAUUGAGCUUAUCAGAGAAUAUGUUGAUAUAUUCGCAUGGUCAUACAAAGACAUGCCGGGUCUAGACCCUGAUGUCGUUGAACACAGACUGCCUUUGAAGCCUGAGUGUCCUCCGGUAAAGCAGAAAUUGAGAAGAUCUCAUCCUGAUAUGGCCCUCAAGAUCAAAGAGGAAGUGCGAAAGCAAAUUGAUGCAGGUUUCCUAGUCACAUCAGAGUAUCCUCAAUGGUUGGCCAACAUAGUGCCUGUUCCAAAGAAAGAUGGUAAAGUCAGAAUGUGUGUUGAUUAUCGGGACUUGAACAAGGCUAGUCCGAAGGAUAAUUUUCCUUUGCCUCACAUUGAUGUGUUGGUUGAUAAUACUGCUAAGUGCAAGGUUUUCUCCUUCAUGGACGGUUUCUCCGGCUACAAUCAGAUCAGGAUGGCUCCUGAGGAUAGAGAAAAGACGUCUUUCAUCACGCCCUGGGGUGCUUUCUGCUAUGUGGUGAUGCCAUUUGGUUUGAUAAAUGCUGGUGCCACUUACCAGAGGGGCUUUAUCGUCAGUCAAAAGGGUAUUGAAGUUGAUCCCGACAAGGUCAGAGCCAUCAGAGAAAUGCCUGUUCCAAAGACAGAGAAGCAAGUCAGAGGUUUUCUUGGUAGACUCAAUUAUAUCUCCAGAUUUAUCUCUCACAUGACCGCCACAUGUGGACCAAUUUUCAAGUUACUCCGCAAGGAUCAAGGGGUGAAGUGGAAUGAUGAUUGUCAGAAGGCUUUUGAUCAAAUCAAAGAAUAUCUGUUAGAACCUCCAAUUCUUGUUCCUCCAGUUGACGGAAGACCUUUAAUCAUGUAUUUAACAGUACUGGAAGAUUCCAUGGGCUGUGUUUUGGGUCAACAAGAUGAAACCGGAAAGAAAGAGCACGCUAUCUACUAUUUGAGUAAGAAGUUCACUGAUUGUGAGUCCCGAUACUCUGUACUUGAGAAAACUUGUUGUGCUUUAACUUGGGCGGCCAAGCGUCUCCGUCAUUAUAUGAUUAAUCAUACAACUUGGUUGAUAUCCAAGAUGGAUCCUAUCAAGUACAUAUUUGAGAAGCCAGCUUUAACUGGAAGGAUUGCUCGCUGGCAGAUGUUAUUGUCCGAGUAUGAUAUCGAGUAUCGCACUCAGAAAGCAGUCAAAGGUAGCAUCUUGGCAGAACAUUUGGCUCAUCAACCAGUCGAAGACUAUCAACCAAUCAAAUUCGAUUUCCCAGAUGAAGAGGUUAUGUAUCUAAAAGCAAAAGAUUGUGACGAACCAGUGUUCGGUGAAGGUCCUGAUCCUGAAUCCGAAUGGGGUUUGAUAUUUGAUGGAGCCGUUAAUGUCUAUGGUAGUGGAAUUGGUGCAGUUCUCAUUACCCCUAAGGGUACUCACAUCCCUUUUACUGCAAGGAUUCGAUUUGAUUGUACAAACAACAUCGCAGAAUAUGAAGCUUGCAUCAUGGGUAUCGAAGAAGCCAUCGACUUGAGGAUCAAGAAAAUUGUCAUCUAUGGAGAUUCAGCUCUCGUGAUUAACCAGAUCAAAGGAGAAUGGGAAACUCGCCAUCCUGGUUUGAUUCCCUACAGAGAUUAUGCGAGACGAUUGCUGACUUUCUUCAACAAAGUAGAGUUACACCAUGUGCCCCGUGAUGAGAAUCAAAUGGCGGAUGCUUUAGCUACUCUAUCCUCAAUGAUCAAUGUGAACGGUCACAAUACUGUGCCAGUAAUCAAUGUCCAAUUUCUCGACCGACCUGCUUAUGUGUUUGUAGCUGAAGCAAUUGAUGAUGACAAGCCAUGGUAUCAUGAUAUCCAAGUUUUCCUUCAAACUCAAAAAUACCCACCUGGGGCAUCCAACAAGGACAAGAAAACAUUGAGAAAAUUGUCAAGCCGUUUCUUCCUUAACGAAGACGUUUUGUAUAAAAGGAACUUUGAUAGGGUCCUACUUAGAUGUGUGGAUAAGCAUGAAGCAGAAAAAUUGAUGUGCGAGAUUCAUGAAGGCUCUUUCGGAACUCACUCAUGUGGGCACGCCAUGGCGAAGAAGAUAUUGAGGGCUGGGUACUACUGGAUAACAAUGCACGCUGAUUGCUACGAUCAUGCCAAGAGAUGCCACAAAUGUCAAAUCUAUGCUGACAAGAUUCAUAUACCACCAUCUAUGCUCAAUGUCAUCUCUUCCCCGUGGCCCUUCUCUAUGUGGGGCAUUGACAUGAUUGGUCGGAUUGAACCAAAGGCUUCCAAUGGGCAUCGCUUCAUAUUAGUGGCUAUCGAUUAUUUCACCAAAAUCAUCACAGACAAUGGCACAAAUCUGAAUAACAACAUGAUGAAAGAGUUGUGCGAUGACUUCAAGAUUCAACAUCACAAUUCUUCUCCUUACAGACCACAGAUGAAUGGGGCAGUUGAAGCUGCAAACAAGAACAUCAAGAAGAUCAUACAGAAGAUGGUAGUUACUUAUAAGGACUGGCAUGAAAUGUUACCCUACGCUUUGUAUGGAUACCGUACCUCAGUGCGAACCUCGACAGGGGCAACCCCUUUUUCUUUGGUAUAUGGUAUGGAGGCUGUACUACCUGUAGAGGUUGAGAUUCCUUCUUUAAGAGUCUUGAUGGAAGCUGAUUUGUCUGAAGCUGAAUGGUGCCAGAGCAGAUCUAGACUUGUAGGAGUUUGUUUUGAAUUUUCUGAUACCGGAUUCGAGUAG